GCGCGCUAUCUAAGGGCUCGAGUUGUAUCCCCAAAUCGAGCAAAUUUAUUCUUCACCUUCCGUCACCGCCACAUAGUCUCGCUUUCGUAACCUCAUAAGCGCCAAUGGCUACCGAAAAUCCUCUGGAAGACCGCAUCUCGACUGUUCCUUUCGCAGAGCAGGGCGAGAAGUGGGAUAGUUGCUGGAGAGAGGCUUUAACACCAUGGGACCGCGGAACCGCCUCCAUUGCCCUUCACGACCUCCUCGCUCAAAGGCCUGAUCUCGUGCCGCCCUCCCAACACCAUGAUCAUCGCGGCCAUCCCCUCCGAGAUUCAACAGGCGCUAUUGAAAAGAAGAAGGCUCUAGUCCCCGGUUGCGGGCGUGGUCAUGAUGUUCUGCUAUUGAGCUCGUGGGGUUAUGAUGUCUGGGGCCUCGACUUCAGUGCUGCUGCAAAGGAGGAGGCUAUCAAGAACCAAAAGCAAGCCGAGUUAGAAGGUCUAUACAAACCUGUCGAUGGUUUGGAUAAAGGAAAGAUUCACUGGGUUACUGGUGACUUCUUCGGACAAGAUUGGGCCAAAGGUGCUGGCGCUGAUGGCAAGUUUGACCUGGUCUACGAUUAUACGUUUCUAUGCGCUCUGCCUCGCGAAGCAAGACCAAAAUGGGCCAAGCGCAUGACCGAGCUGCUUUCUCAUGAUGGUCGCCUCGUCUGUCUCGAAUUCCCUUCGACAAAACCCAUGUCCGCCAAUGGUCCCCCAUGGGGAGUCUCCCCAGAGCUCUAUGAAGCCCUCCUAGCAGCUCCUGGCGAAGAAAUUGCAUACAACGACGACGGUACCGUCCAUGAAGACCCUUGCUCAAAACCUUGGGCCGACGCCCUACAUCGGCUGAGUCUUCUCAAACCAACUCGAACGCACAAGGCCGGCACCAGCCCAGAUGGCGCAGUGCUUGACUUCCUCUCAGUCUGGAGUCGAUAACCAAGCUGAGUAGUUUGGCCACCGAAUCUCCUUUUUUUACGUCUCGAUACCAAACAAC